AUAUUCCGCGGUGAGCAAGAACACAAAUGGAAAGCCUCACUUACCACGGUUCAUUAUACGUUCGGUGGCCGUGAUCAUUGCUUUUAUAAGGUCAUAAAGAAAUUGAUCAGAUUAGGAUGGAUUCCCUUCCCGGCCAAUAGCUAUUGGAAUGAUUCUCCACGCGUGACUUUGUUGCAUCGUGACUUUGUUGCAUUAUUGCAAAACGUGGCAGGAUAGACCUGCCCAGCCAUCUAGGCAGAUAUUCAUUUGUAAUGCUGCCUUAAGGAGAUGAGGAGAUGAGAGCGAAUUGUUCCAGCAGCUCAGCCUGCCCUGCCAACAGUUCGGAGGAGCUGCCAGUGGGGCUGCAGGCACAUGGAAACCUGGAACUUGUUUUCACAGUAGUGUCAGCCGUGAUGAUGGGCCUGCUCAUGUUCUCCCUGGGGUGCUCUGUGGAGAUCCGGAGGCUAUGGUCGCACGUCAGGAGACCCUGGGGCAUCGCUGUGGGACUGCUCUGCCAGUUUGGGCUCAUGCCUCUUAUAGCCUGUCUCCUGGCCAUCAGCUUCUCUCUGAAGCCCAUCCAGGCUAUUGCUGUUCUCAUCAUGGGGUGCUGCCCAGGCGGAACCAUCUCGAACAUCUUCACCUUCUGGGUUGAUGGAGAUAUGGAUCUCAGCAUCAGUAUGACAACCUGUUCCACUGUGGCUGCCCUGGGAAUGAUGCCACUCUGCCUUUAUCUCUCCACCUUGUCCUGGAAUCUCGAGCAGAGUUUCACCAUUCCGUAUCAGAACAUAGGAAUUUCCCUUGUGUGCCUGACUAUUCCCGUGGCCUUCGGUGUCUACGUGAAUUACAGGUGCCCGAAACAAUCCAAAAUCAUCCUCAAGACUGGGGCCAUUGUUGGUGGGGUCCUCCUUUUGGUGAUCACAGUUGCUGGUUUGGUGCUGGCGAAAGAAUCUUUGAAUCCAGACAUCACCCUACUGACCGUCAGUUUCAUCUUUCCUUUGACUGGCUAUGUCACGGGCUUUCUGCUGGCUCUUCUUACCCACCACUCUUGGCAGAGAUGCAGGACAAUUUCCUUAGAAACCGGAGCUCAGAAUAUCCAGAUGUGCAUUGCUGUGCUCCAGUUAUCUUUCACUGCUGAGCAGAUGGUCCAGAUGCUUAGCUUCCCAUUGGCCUUUGCACUCUUCCAGAUGUUGGAUGGAUUUCUCAUUGUUGCAGCAUAUAAGUUGUACAAGAGGAGACUGAAGAGUGACCACAGAAGCAAGGCAGGCCGGGCAGAGGGCUGCCGUAACAGCCGGUGCACCGCGCCCAGAGAGACCAGCGCUUUCUUGGGCGCGAAUGAAGAAGUUGCCGUAACCCCGGGGCCGUCAGAGCCGAUGGAUCCCCGCGCUCUCCAGCCCGCGGGCCACAUGUCCUCACAGGCAUAG